AUGGCGGAUUCCUUGCUUUCCUCCAUCGCUACCUUUCAUACAACGAAGAUUAUCGUCACUGACCCCACAAAGUUUUCGUACAUCGGCUCAAUUUCAGAAACCAUGCUUGAUUGUAUCUCUGCAACCAGUAACGUACUUCAGCAGUACAGGAAGCGUAAAACUGUUGGUCCACGUGAACUUACGUCGGCGAUGCUUUGUUCAAUUGAAGAUGCUGAUAAACCAGCCAAAAGGGGCAAGAAACCUAAAUCACAGAAGGAGGGUCCUGUAACAAAACCAUCCAAGGGUUCGGAUUCAGAAUAUGUUCCUCCUAGGCAGAAGAACGCUCCAUCUUCAGACUCUGAGAACGAAAUUUCUGAUGAAGAGGUUUCGGGUCGAGGCGAUACUCCACCUCGCUCCCCUACUCCAGAAAUUUCGGUUCGUUCUUUACCUCCUUCACCUCCACCUGUUACAAUUCCUACUUCUAUCCCUCCUAUCUCUCAAACAACCACUUCUCAACCCUUCACUUCAAAACCUAUUCCCACUUCUAUUUUCACAGAUACAACCUCUACCACCACUACAAAACCUACCUUCACUAUUCCCAACCCACCAGUAACUGAACCUACUUUUACAACCGAACCUCCAGCAACAACAGAACCUCCAACUAUUUCUAAACCCUUAUCUCCCACACCUUCUACAGAAACAACACCAAUUUUGGGCGGUGAGGACUUGGAGUUCGACUUUACAUAG